AUGAGUGAAGAGUUUCUCAAUGAUGAAUACCUUAGUGAAGACAAGAAAGCUAUUGUCAUUGAACUAAAAGAACAUGCGGAAAAGGCAGAGACUCUUCGUUGCUCAUCUACAGUGAAAGAACUUAAAGAUAAAUUAAAAAAAACUAUAUACUCUCCACAUCUAAUAGACUUAUCAAAUAUGCCACAAAUACAACUUGAGUUACACAAUCCAUGGAAUGAAACUGCUAUUGAAGGACUUUAUCUACUAAUUCAACAUUUACUUCCUCACAGGACAAAACAAUCAAUUUUAAAGUACAUUGAAAUUGAUACAGGCUCAGUUCACAUUAAAUACAUUGUCCAUGAAUCAAAUGCUGAUUGUCUCAUAGCUUAUGCUCAAGGCAAGUUACAGUUUAUGCGUCUCAUUGGUGUCUUUGGUCUAACAAUUAAUGGUGAACCUAUCCUGGAAGAAGAUGAAAAUAUGAACUUCACUUUUGGGUUAGCUCUUCUUAAAGCUACGCAUGCUUGUCAUAAUGAAGCUGUACAAUUUCUCCUCAAAUUAAGAGGUGACGUAGACCAUUGCAAUGAAGAUGGCAUAACAGCACUUAUGAUAGCUAGUAACAGUGGACAUGAACAAGUAGUACAAAUGCUAGUAUCAGCUGGAGCUAAUGUUAACAUUCAAGAUAAUGAAGGCUGGACUGCCCUAAUGCUAGCUAGUCAUAAUGGUCAUCCCCAGGUCAUUGAACAACUACUCAAAGAGCAUGCAGAUAUUAAUAUUCAGAACAAUGAUGGAUGGACUGCCAUAAUGCUAGCUAGUCAAAAUGGAUAUAUCCAGGUUAUUAAACAACUACUAAAAGAGCAUGCAGAUGUUAAUAUUGAGAACAAUGACGGAAUGACUGCCCUAAUGAAAUCUAGUGAAAAAGGUCAUAUCAAAGUUGUUGAACAACUACUCAAAGAGAAUGCAGACAUUAACAUUCAAGAUAAUGAAUGCUGGUCUGCCCUAAUGCUAGCUAGUCAAAAUGGUCAUACCCAGGUCGUUGAACAACUACUCAAAGAGCGUGCAGAUGUUAAUAUUCAGAACAAAAAAGGCGUGACUGCCCUAAUGAAAGCUAGUCAAAAUGGUCAUACCCAGGUCGUUGAACAAUUACUCAAAGAGCAUGCAGACAUUAACAUUCAAGAUAAUGAAUGCUGGACUGCCCUAAUGAUAGCUAGUCAAAAUGGUCAUACCCAGGUCGUUGAACAAAUACUCAAAGAGCGUGCAGAUGUUAAUAUUCAGAACAAAGAAGGCGUGACUGCCUUAAUGAAAGCUAGUCAAAAUGGUCAUACCCAGGUUGUUGAACAACUACUCAAAGAGCAUGCAGAUGUUAAUAUUCAGAACAAAGAAGGCGUGACUGCCCUAAUGAAAGCUAGUCAAAACGGUCAUACCCAGGUCGUUGAACAAUCACUCAAAGAGCAUGCAGAUGUUAAUAUUAAGAGCAAUAAUGGAUGGACUGCUCUAAUGAUAGCUAGUCGAAAUGGUCAUACCCAUGUCGUUGAACAACUACUCAAAGAGUGUCCAGAUGUUAACAUUAAGACCGAUAAUGGAUGGACUGCCCUAAUGAAAGCUAGUCAAAAUGGUCAUACCCAGGUCGUUGAACAACUACUCAAAGAGCGUGCAGAUGUUAAUAUUCAGAACAAAAAAGGCGUGACUGCCCUAAUGAAAGCUAGUCAAAAUGGUCAUACCCAGGUCGUUGAACAACUACUCAAAGAGCGUGCAGAUGUUAAUAUUCAGAACAAAGAAGGCGUGACUGCCCUAAUGAAAGCUAGUCAAAAUGGUCAUACCCAGGUUGUUGAACAACUACUCAAAGAGCAUGCAGAUGUUAAUAUUCAGAACAAAGAAGGCGUGACUGCCCUAAUGAAAGCUAGUCAAAAUGGUCAUACCCAGGUUGUUGAACAACUACUCAAAGAGCAUGCAGAUGUUAAUAUUCAGAACAAAGAAGGCGUGACUGCCCUAAUGAAAGCUAGUCAAAACGGUCAUACCCAGGUCAUUGAACAAUCACUCAAAGAGCAUGCAGAUGUUAACAUUAAGACCGAUAAUGGAUGGACUGCUCUAAUGAUAGCUAGUCGAAAUGGUCAUACCCAUGUCGUUGAACAACUACUCAAAGAGUGUCCAGAUGUUAACAUUAAGACCGAUAAUGGAUGGACUGCCCUAAUGAAAGCUAGUCAAAAUGGUCAUACCCAGGUCGUUGAACAACUACUCAAAGAGCGUGCAGAUGUUAAUAUUCAGAACAAAAAAGGCGUGACUGCCCUAAUGAAAGCUAGUCAAAAUGGUCAUACCCAGGUCGUUGAACAACUACUCAAAGAGCGUGCAGAUGUUAAUAUUCAGAACAAAGAAGGCGUGACUGCCCUAAUGAAAGCUAGUCAAAAUGGUCAUACCCAGGUUGUUGAACAACUACUCAAAGAGCAUGCAGAUGUUAAUAUUCAGAACAAAGAAGGCGUGACUGCCCUAAUGAAAGCUAGUCAAAAUGGUCAUACCCAGGUUGUUGAACAACUACUCAAAGAGCAUGCAGAUGUUAAUAUUCAGAACAAAGAAGGCGUGACUGCCCUAAUGAAAGCUAGUCAAAACGGUCAUACCCAGGUCAUUGAACAAUCACUCAAAGAGCAUGCAGAUGUUAACAUUAAGACCGAUAAUGGAUGGACUGCCCUAAUGAAAGCUAGUCAAAAUGGUCAUACACAGAUUGUUGAACAACUACUCAAAGAGGAUGCAGACGUUAAUAUUCAGAACAAAAAAGGAGUAACUGCCCUAAUGAUAGCUAGUGCAAAUGGUCACACACAGGUUGUUGAACUAUUGACUAAAGAGCUUGUAGACAUUGAUGUUCAGAUGGUAGAUGGAAAUACAGCCUUAAUGUUAGCUUGUCAUUAUGGACAUGUUGAAGUAGCUGAGUGUUUACUACAAUCAUUUGCAGAUCCUCAUAUAAUAGCAUACACUGGAACAACAGCAUUUUCAUUAGCAGCUUAUAGUGGUAACAGAGACCUUGUUAAUAUGCUCUUAGAUAAGCUGAACCCACUACUGAUGAGAUUGAAAAAGCAGUAG